AUGGGGUUAGGGCCAACUCCGACCACGUAUUUUGGAGUGUGCUCAAGAGGGGCUGCAUGUGGAUCGUGUUCGGCUGGUCAUUCAUGUGCAGAUGCGACUGCUUUGAAAGAGGAGUUAAGGGAGGUGAAGAAACACAUGGAUGUCAUGGCGAGGUUCAUCAGUAGACAGUUUCCCGGACAAAAUUGGAUGGAAGAUGCUGAAAACAAUCAGGGUGCCACUAGUGAAGCUAUUCCGUCAAUGGGUUCUCGAGCUUCGUGA